UGGUUUUUGUUUAGGUAAGAUAUUUCCAGUUGUGAAGAAUCAACAUCUUUUGCUCUGUACUCUUUUGAUCGGAAACUCUAUGGCUAUGGAGGCUCUGCCGAUAUUUUUGGAUAAAAUUGUGCCUCCAUGGAUUGCUAUUCUUCUAUCAGUGACUCUUAUACUCGUGUUUGGAGAGAUCAUGCCACAAGCAGUUUGCACUCGAUAUGGACUCAAGGUUGGAGCGAUAAUGGCUCCUUUUGUCCGUGUUCUGCUUAUAUUGUUCUUCCCCAUUUCAUAUCCAAUCAGCAAGGUUCUUGAUUGGAUGUUGGGUAAGGGACAUGGUGUUCUUUUACGUAGAGCAGAGUUGAAGACGUUUGUGACUUUCCAUGGAAAUGAGGCUGGGAAAGGUGGAGAUCUAACAAACGAUGAGACUUCUAUCAUCACAGGUGCACUUGAAUUAACUGAAAAGACGGCAAAAGAUGCAAUGACUCCCAUUUCAAAUGCUUUUUCCCUUGAUCUUGAUACCAAUCUUAAUUUGGAAACCUUGAAUACAAUAAUGUCAGUUGGUCAUAGCAGAGUUCCAGUUUACUUCAGAAACCCCACACAUAUAAUUGGGCUCAUUCUGGUUAAAAAUCUCUUGGCAGUUGAUGCUAGAAAAGAAGUUCCUCUGAGAAAAAUGUCCAUGAGGAAAAUUCCGCGUGUCUCUGAGACAAUGCCACUAUACGAUAUCCUAAACGAGUUCCAGAAGGGUCACAGUCACAUAGCAGUUGUCUAUAAGGAUCUUGAAGAGCAGGAGCAAUCUUCCGAAACAAGCGAAAAUGGUAUUGAGCGCAGGAAAAACAAGAAAACAAAAGAUGAACUUUUCAAGGACAGUUGUAGGAAACCAAAAGCUCAGUUUGAGGUAUCAGAGAAGGAAGUAUUCAAAAUUGAAACUGGAGAUGCAAAAUCCGGCAAGAGCGAGAACGGUGAGGAGCAGCAGGGGAAAACGAGUUUAUUGGCUGCUCCAGCUAAGAAGCGACAUAGAGGCUGUUCGUUCUGCAUUUUGGAUAUUGAGAAUACCCCCAUACCUGAUUUCCCUACCAAUGAAGAAGUUGUAGGAGUUAUCACCAUGGAGGACGUUAUCGAAGAGCUUCUUCAGGAAGAGAUCCUUGACGAAACCGAUGAGUAUGUGAACAUCCACAAUAGGAUCAGAGUGAACAUGCAUGCUUCUCAGGAGAAUCUACCAAGCGUAACCUCAGUCACACAAUCAUCAUCAGGCUCCACUAGUCCCAACCGAACAUCCCAUUUGGCCACACCAGAUUCGAGUCCUACAACAAAGCUUUCAGAUUCAAGUUCUACAACAAAGCCUUCAGGUUCAAGUCCUACAACAAAGCCUUCAGGUUCGAGUCCUACAACAAAACCUUCAGAUUCAAGUAUUUCUUAAGUUUAUAUGAGUGAGGAUAUAUAGUUACAUGAUUUUAAAAGAAAGCAAAAAGGUUGAAGCUGAAACAGCUUUACUUAUUUAAUCAACACUAAUAUUUCUUUGGUAAAGUUUUGGUCUUUGAGAUAAGGACUUCGAAUGGGUUACCAAAAUACCUUAUACAAAAAUUACGCUUUGGGAUC